UGAUUGGCUAUGCCAGUCGCCUGUCGCCUGUGUGUCAAAUGUAGGUUGAGAGAGGUGGUUUAUAUAGGGGACUUGGAAGUCCCCAGCCUGUGAACUCAGUGCAGUUUUAAUGCUCAUUGCCUUCCUCAGCUGUUUGAAAGGCAGACACAGAGUUUGGGGGUAACUCAAAGAACACACAUAAAAAUGGAGCUGAACUCUCUGUUAAUUCUCCUGGAAGCAGCUGAGUAUUUGGAAAGAAGAGACAGAGAAGCAGAACAUGGCUAUGCAUCAGUGUUACCCUUCGAUAGUGACUAUUCCAGAAAGAAAACAAAGGCAGGCACGCUGGCCAGAAAAUCCCAGAAUAACAGGUCAUCACACAACGAACUAGAAAAACAUAGACGGGCUAAACUCCGGCUAUAUUUGGAGCAGCUAAAACAGCUUGUGCCUCUUGGGCCAGAUAGCACCAGACACACCACUCUAAGUCUGUUGAAAAGAGCCAAGAUGCAUAUCAAGAAAUUGGAAGAACAGGACCGAAAAGCUCUAAAUAUUAAAGAACAAUUACAGCGGGAGCACCGCUACCUCAAACGCAGAUUGGAGCAGCUAUCCGUGCAGGGCAUGGAACGUAUCCGCACUGACAGUAUGGGAUCAACAAUAUCCACUGAUUCUGAACAAGAAGUAGACAUUGAAGGAAUGGAAUUUACACCAGGUGAAAUGGACAGUAUUGGAAGUGCCAGUGAUGUUGAAGACCACUACAGUUUGCAAAGCAGUUCAAGUGAUGGUGGCUAUACACAUUCCCGCAGACUUAAUGCCAGGCUCUCAUAGUGCCUGAGUUACCAAUUCAGCUCAGGACCAUCUAACUGAAGCACUUAUAGAAGAAAAUUCCAGAGGUGUCAACUGCCACUCUUCCGGGAAACCCCAACCACAGCACUCUGAAAUGGAAGUUUCAUACCCACGGUUCCCUGCACUGUAACCACAAUAUUCGAUAUUGUAAAUCAUGGUUUUGCUGCAGAGAACUGUGGUUAGGUACAGUUGUGACUUAAAGCUAGCUUGAUGUAGCCAUUCUGCAAAUUUUAAAAAAUCAUAUCAUUCCAUGCAAGAAGUAUUAAAUUCAAACUGUUGGAAGCAUAUGAUGGCAUAAGGAAGUUUAAUAAGAAAAUCAUUUUGAUUUUGCAGAAACCAUUUUCAAAUAUUGAAGAAUAAAUGGAAUCUAUGAUGUGUUAGUGAUUCAAAUCUAUAAAAAUUCAACUACUUUUUUUUCUUGGUUUUUUUUCUUCAUGAAAAAUUAUUAAUGCUUUAUAGCAGGCUGUAGAGUAUAAAUUCUUUUACUAGUUGUGUUUGAGAGAGGCAGACAGAAAAAAAUCUCCAAAUCUCAGAUGAUCUUUAGAAAAAAGAUCAUAUUUACAAGUCACUACUGUACUUCAAAAUGGAGAGGAAAAAAGCCAGCUCUAAUAAUGACUUCAUGUGGGAUUAUCUCAACUUUCUUUUGCUUUUUGCAUUCAGCAUCCAACCAGCAGCAAAUCAUUCUCACCGUGAUAACAGAGCUAGCACAAAGCAACAUUGCAGUGUUAACCUGUUAUCAUGGAAGAGAUGACUUUUGAAACAUUUCGGUAUUUUUUGUAAAGAAUACAGAGCUCAAAUGAGCCAGAUUUUGAUAAUUUAAACCUCUCCUUACAAGGAAUGUUUGCUAAUGUUUCUUUUUUCCUAUUUAUAGCUACCAAUACAUUUUUAUGGAAGGCAUGGCUUAUAAUUACAGUAUUCAGCUAGAGGAUAAUUAAUCAUUUUUUCUUCUUUUGCACGCUAUAAUUGCAUUUUCUUUUGUUACAUAAAGUGCAAAAAAAUAAAGUGUAUGCUGUAAAACAGCAAAGUUUUAUUUAGUACUCAUCAAGCUGUUCACAACAUAUUUACCGAAAUUGUAGCAAUACUACGAAGCUGUAUUUUAAUACAACUUUGGCUUAGUGAAGUCAUUAGAGCUUGGCUUGCUGGGUAAGAAAAAUGGACCAGUCUUUGCAUUAUCUGUAUAAAGAAGGUCUUUUAAAAAAAAAGAAAAAAAAAAGAAAAGAAAAAAGAAAAAAGCUACAAACACUUCUAGAGAAGUGAUUUUAGCAAGUGUAGUCUAUAUUUCCUGUAAGAGAUUUUGUAUUAUAUUUUCCUAAAUGUUCUCAUUUACUUGUAUAGGGAGGGGAAUGGUACAGACCCAAACCAGAGUCUCAGGGACUCUUCACCCUUGUCAUAUUGUGCCUUGGUGACCAUUUAUGUAUGUCUCUCCUUUUUCAUUGUUUAAAGGCAACUAAGCUUUGUUUCUUUCAAGACCCUCUGUUUGAAUGGUCAGUUGUCCAUCUUAUUACAAAUGAAGCACUGAGAGUUAUAAAUUCUCUCACAUCCAAUCAGUGUGUCUUUUUAGUACAAUUAUAAAAUUAGGUUUUGGUGAGAGGGUUAACCAUUAAUUACAUUAUACUUCAUAGAGGCCCUCCCUUUGAUUCUUCAGCACAGAGAUCUACAUUUUGUUAGCUUUUUGAACCAGGGUCUCUGUGAGACCAAUAUUAAAUGGCUAUGGAGACAAAUGUAUUGUAUAAUGCUAUAGGAUGUCUAACUGUGGUACCAUUUUAAUAUUCAAAUAUAAAAAACUCAUGACAUACUGACCAUAAUGAUCAAAACAAAGAUUCAGUUGUUCUUUCAACAUUAGACAUAUGUGCCCUCCCUUUGGCUUUUACAACAGAGAGUAGAAAUAUGAAUACAUUUUGUGGCAGCUUACAAUCCUUGUUUGCACUCUCGCUUACUGCUUGGAACUUGCCAACAAGGAAAAUGUAUACUUUAAGGUUACAUAACCUAAUUUAUGGCCAUCCGUACUUUGGCUUUGGGGAGGGGGCCUAAGGUUAUAAACUCUGGCAGCUGAAUAAUAAAAAACAACAAUUAACCUUUUCUGUAAUGCAGGUUUUGGUAUUAUGUUAUACACCUUUGCAUAUUACUAAAAUCCUCAUUGUUGGGGAAAACACACAGCAAUAUACUCAUUGUGUGUAGCUGACAAGCAGCAAAAAUUACUAGCUCCUUUGGUGCAUAUGUAACUAAUUUCCAAAUCUGGAAAAAUUAAGUGUUUACUUUAACACACGACUGUUAACGGGGGGGAAAGGCUAGUAUAUUGUUGCUGUUCAUUUAUUAUAUAAUGAACACAUUCAUAAAUUGUAAAGUGUUUCCUUUUGUGACAAGCAGCUCUUGCACAGAACCUCCUAAUAAAAAGAGAUUUGAAACUCACAGAAGGGGAGUAGAGAUUUUAAAUCCAACAUUGUUGUACCUUAUGUUGAUCUGAAGUUCUCCUUUUAAAGAUGAAUGUGCUAAUUUAAUGAGUUCUUCCACGCUGGGUAUCCAUGGCUUUGUAGAUCUUAUAUUUUCAAUAAAAAUUACUCCAAUAAUCUGAAUGGAAAUAAAAAGGGUUUUAUUUGUUUUUACUCUUUUGCAUAUUAUUAUGGUAACCAUUAUCAAGACAAAGAAAUAUGGUAUCAUUUUCAUGGAGUGUUUGUCUUAAUUAAAGCCUGAUGUAAUAUGACACUUUCAGAGAUGGGACCCAUUCCUGCAAAUCCUUCCUCAUAGAAGUAGUUCCAUUGAAGUCAAUGGCACAACUGAUGUACUAUUUGCAUGAGUAAGGGUGUGCAGGAUCAGACCAAUAGCCCAAACAGUAUCAUUCCCAUAGCAAAGUGCUAACGGCUCUCUCCAUCUCCCUUUGAUUUCUGUGGCGAUGGAUGGAUUCCUAUGAUUCUGUUCCAAAACAUUAUUCUCCAUCCUAUUCAGCAGUGUUAUGAUAUUACCUUAUGGCAUGGCAACUAGGGAUGAAUACAGUUUCCUGUUUUGCUUUGUUUUUUAAAUAAUUUUAAGGUGGAUGUUUGUCAUUCGUUUUGUGUGUAAUUAUUAGGGUUGUGAUCAAAAUAGUACAGCAAAAAAGGGAGGAGGGAUGGGAGAGAGACAUUUAAUCAUUUUCUUGGAGUAACUGCACCUAAUCCAAUCAUCCUGCCAUGUUGUGUUAUAUUGUUUUUAAAAUUGAGAAUAUCACAUUUCUAAGUUUCUUUCUUUUGCACUUUCUAAAUGUGGAAAGUUGUGAGGUCUACAGGCGUAUGGGGCUGGAGCGUCUCUCCCAUGGAAGAAGGCCUGGAGGAAAUUGCCAUGAAAUUUUCUUCGCAGAAUUUUCUCAAAUUGUUCCAUAAGGAGACGAGGAGGUUUGACUGCUCUCCUACCCAUGGAACAAGGAGGAAAUUCUGCCUUCAGAACCUGCAGGUCCCAGGGUAUCUGCAAGAGGCCAGGUCCCGGCCAGGAUCUGUGCCUCUACACUUGUUCUGGUGCCUAUUGUUCAUCACCUCCUCAGCUCUACUUGGGUCACGUUGUGAGUAUUUUCUGUACCACUGCCUGGGUGGGGCAAUGAAAAAGUCAAAGCAGCUUAAGGCAGCAUUUAUUUUUUUCAGAUUCCCCACAAGACUUAGGGGGACAAUGGAUGUCCCAUCCUACCCUCCCCAGGUGUGUUUCCACAAAUUAAUGCAUGGCUAACCAACCUACCCUCCCCUUUUUAGAAGAGUAAGAUCUGUGCAAGAACUGGAUACUGUAUUUCCUUAUGCAAAGCUCCUACUGACUUCAAUGUGAGUUUUGCCAGAGUGAAGAAUGCAGGAAUGGGCCAAAAAAAAUUAAAUCUGUGAUAUGCCCCCCUCCCCCCCAAAAAAAGAAAAAAAAAAGAGUGAUAGGGCUAAAGUUAAUGUCUGGUAUUUACAAAGAUACUAAAUGUUAAUUUCUUAUUGUAAAACUUUCUUCAGAUUUGGAAGUAUUGUCUGCUAGGACCUGGUACAACUCACAUUUAAGUUAAAGAAAAGACUCUCACUGACUUGAAUGGGUAUUGGAUCAGGCAUAUCAACUGCAACUUAAUUUUUUUUGCAAGCAGGUAGUUUGUAACAAUCUGGAGAGUACAUAUGACAAAUGGAGAAUUUUUUGUUUAAUAAAUAUUUACGUGGUUUUUGUUUUCUUUUUUCCACAAGUUCUAUCAAACCAAUGUUAUUUUAGUAUUUUCAGUUAAAAUGAUAAAGUAAUUAAUCACAACGUUUUAAAAAACAGUAAGAUUGUGUACAUGUGAGUUUGGUCUACAAGUGUGCUCUUGUCUACUACACCAAUGCUUGGUCAACUGUGGAAUACAGUCCCCAGUUCUUUUGCAGUUGUAUAAAACAGUAUAUACGGGUAGGACGAGUGAUCAUUUGACCCUUUUAUCUAUGUUAAAUCAAUUAUUAAUCUAUUUAAUUGUCACUGUUUUUUUCCUCAAAGGUCAUUUCCAUGUGCAAAAUAAAUUGCUUCUCAAUUAUGAACCCAGUCAGCACAAUCACUGAACAAAGGAUAUUAAUUUUAUAUACUUGUUUUGUGAAGUCAUUACCUUAUUAAUGUUUAAAAACCAAAUUUCAGAAUCCUUCUUAAUUAUAUUUAUUUACUGCUAGAGGCCAGCGCCUUGUGUUUAAAAAAAAUUGUAUCAAAACAUUCAAUCCAUCAAUAAUGUCCUUUCCAAAACUGAAUGAAUGAGAUUUCACCAACAAUGAAUGUGUGUUAGUGUGGUUAGUGAAUGAAAGGCAAUAUUCCUAAUUGAUAGCUCCAACAGAAAUAUCCAAGUUAUGUGUACUACGUAACUGCUUAAAAUGAAGGUAAAGUAUAAGGUGGGACCUACUAGAAAGCAUUUGGUCAUUUGGGCCUGUCAUUAUCCUAAAUUCUAGAAAUGAAUCCCAACGAAGAUUCCUGGUGACCCAAGUACACCUAUAGAAAACUUGGUAGUGAAUCAUAGUGAAGGCAGUCUAACUUCAGAACUUCAGCCUUCAACUUUGCAUAGGUAAUGUGGGUAUAAAAUAUGGUAACAUUCAAUUUAUGUGGUUUAAAGGGUCUGUGCAAUAAGUCUUAAUGGGUGAUAUUUCACUACAUGUGAAGUACAGGGUAGGCACUGAAAAAGAGCCUCCUGCUGUGGAGGUUUAUGUUUCUUGUGAAAUUCUAGAGGUGUACUGGGUGCGUUCUGUGCCAGAGCCAUUGGAAUAUAUAUCUGAAAAGGAACGCUUCAUAGCUUCUAAGAUGUAUUAUAUUGUAAAGAUUCAUUUGUACACACGUACAUGGUGCAUGCUACGCUGUGUAGCACACGCUGAAAGAAUUGUGUUAUAUUAUUCUUUCCUUGUAAUAUAAAUACAAUUUUUAUACUUGA